CUGUAUUCCCUUUACGUUCUAAUAAAUAAAUGGAGAUGAGCAAUACUCUUAUGAACCUGCAAAAAGAAAAAUGGGCAAAAAUCUACCUCACCACCAUCAACAUCAAAGCAAGAGCAACAACAGUUACACAAAAUUUAUAUUUGCUCUAUUCUUUUGUCUUUUGGGAUUGGCUUGCAUUGUAGAUCUCUUCUGGGCAUCUUCUUCUUCUUUUAGCUCUUCAUAUCUUAGGUUUGCAUCCAAUUGGGUGUCUCAAAAACCUCGUAUCUUUGUUUCUCAACAACAACAACAACAACAACACAACGUUGACGACAAGAUUGGGAAAAAGAAGAGAUUUUUAUCAGCAACAUUUGCGGAUUUACCAGCACCAGAUUUGGCAUGGGAACAAAUGCCAUCAGCACCAGUUCCACGCCUUGAUGGUUCAGCUAUACAAAUUAACAACCUUUUCUAUGUUCUUUCAGGAUAUGGUACCCUUGACCAUGUGCACUCUCAUGUUGAUGUGUUUAAUUUCACUGAUAAUACAUGGCGUGCCAAGUUCGAUACACCAAAAGACAUGGCGAAUUCACAUCUAGGAGUAGCAAGUGAUGGGAGAUACAUAUAUGUAGUGUCAGGUCAAUAUGGUCCCCAAUGUCGGGCCCCGACAUCUCGUACUUAUGUUCUUGAUACUCAAACAAGGGAAUGGCAAAGCUUGCCUCCUUUGCCAGCCCCAAGGUAUGCCCCAGCAACUCAGUUAUGGAAAGGCAGGCUCCAUGUGAUGGGAGGCAGCAAAGAGAACCGCCACACACCGGGAUUGGAGCAUUGGAGUAUAGCAGUGAAAGAUGGCAAGGCAUUGGAGAAAGAGUGGCGGACUGAGAUCCCGAUUCCUCGUGGAGGACCGCAUAGGGCUUCUGUUGCGAUAAACGAUCGACUGUUUGUAAUCGGCGGUCAAGAGGGAGAUUUUAUGGCAAAACCUGGAUCACCUAUCUUCAAAUGUUCUCGUAGACACGAGGUUGUAUAUGGGGAUGUUUACAUGCUAGACGCUGAAAUGAAGAAAUGGGAAGUGUUACCUCCACUGCCAAAACCAAACUCCCACAUAGAAUGUUCUUGGGUAGUUGUCAACAAUUCGAUCAUAAUUACAGGCGGCACAACAGAAAAACAUCCAGAGACCAAAAGGAUGAUCCUGGUCGGGGAAGUUUUCCAGUUUCAUUUAGAUUCACUGACUUGGUCGGUGAUCGGAAAGCUUCCUUACCGUGUGAAGACAACCUUAGCCGGUUUCUGGGACGGAUAUUUGUAUUUUACAUCGGGACAACGAGACAGAGGACCAGAUAAUCCGCAACCGAAGAAGGUGAUUGGAGAGAUGUGGAGAACCAAACUGAAUAUCUAAUUCUUAACCAUGUUUGUACAUUAUUUACGUCUCUGUUCUUUCAAGGAAUACAAAGCUUACGUUAUCAUAGCUGUUUCAAAUACAUCAGAAAUUUUGUUAGCGUCAUGUGUGUACCACAUUAUACUGUGAAUAAUAAGUCUGUAAAAAUUGGUGUGUUUGGUUGAAUGGAAAAGUAUAGGGAUGGGAGGAGGAAGGAAAAAAAAAAAAG